CGGGAACUUGCCGGCGGGAGCGAUCGAGGAGAGUUUGAGAGUGUAUCGAGUGAUCGACGAGAGGGGAUCGGUGGCACAUAGGGGCCCUUAUAUGUUGCAGGCGUAUAUGUACGCACCUCGGAAAGCCAAUGCAUACGAGCGCGCGGGGGUGCAACGGUGCUUUGACAUUUCAUGGGUGGAGGUGCCACUCAGGACACGGGCACGGUCUCGCACUCGAGGAUUGCAGACCUGCAUCCUUUGGAAGGUUGCGGAAUGUGGAAGAACGUUCAGCCGCUGCAUUAUCCCUUCCGCAUGUUGGAGAAGGAAUCGCAUUCGUCGAGCAGGACGAGAGAGUAGAAUGAAUGCAUACACAUUGCAAGAGACCGACGCAGAGAAGCAGAGUCGGUGGGGGAUCC